AUGGCGAUAGUUGUUCAUCGCCAUGCUUCUGCCAUCAAGGAGAUACGAAGAGCAGGAAGGUCGCGGAGAAGAAGUUUAUCCAGUAUCCGGGCUGCCAUGUCCACUUUCAUUAUUGUUGGUGUUUACUUCCUGUGUUGGGCACCAAUUGGUUUGUUUACGGUAUUGGUGAUAUUGUUUAAGAUCGAAGUGGACCUAUCAGGGUAUUGGUCAGAGGACGUGGUCUUUACGUACCUUUUCGCUUUUAGUAUCGCCAAUAGUGCUUUGAAUCCACUAAUUUAUGCAUCGAAGUUGGACAUUAUUAGAAAGAAGUUUCGGGUCUCUUUAGUCUACAGAUUCCUGAGACUUUGUUGCCAGCCUUCUGCUCGACAAGUUUAG